AACCAUCACCAUGGCCAAGCCUCACGGCGGCGCCGUCCACACCCCGCGCCCCCGCUCCUCCUCCGGCGCCAAGGCCGUCACCGCCACCACCCCCGCCAACCGCAGCUCCGUGGGCUCCUCCUCGUCCGCGCCCCCCGCCCGCGACCUCGCCAAGGAGGCCGGCAAGCUCCUCACCUACGACGACGACGACGCCGCCUCCGCCGCGCAGCAGCAGCCGGACCCCGCGCUGCCCGAGGGCCUCGCCGUCGCCGACCUCGCGCCGCCGCUCGACCUCCCCGACCCCGACGACGACGCCUCCUCCUCCACCGUCGUCUCCGUCCCUCCCCACGACGCGAUCCCCGCCCCCGCCCUCACCCAGGUCGCACGUCCCGCCGACCCCGACGCCACCGCCACCGUCCUCACGGAGAUGGAGCUGGUCCUGGCGGAGCUGCGGGGUGCCCGGGGCCUGAGCGCGCGCUCGAGAUGCCUCCUGACCGCGCUCGCCGAGGCCGCCGCCGACGAGCUCGACCCCCUCCGCACGCGCCGCGCGGCCUUCUGGAGGAAGCUGCGCGUCGGGGUCCUCGCCGCGACGGUCUUCUCCGUGGCCGCCAUGGACGCCGUCCUCCUCGCCGCGCUCCUGGGCGGCCCCCGCGGCAGCGGCAGCCACGCGCUGCCCCCCACCUGAUCGCUCUGCUUCGCCGGUGCCGCCGGCCGCCCCCUGUUUUUAUCCUCGUUCAUCGACCAGUAGCUUGUUAAUUAGCCUUGUUGCACUAGUAUAGCAGUUACGUCGUGAUGAUAAAAUAAUUACUGCACUUAAUAGGAGUAGAUCAGAUGAGAAAGAUGUGGUAAUUUCGUUGUUCCUCCAUCAUGUGGUCGGUACAUUUCACCAUUUCAGUUCAGUUAAUUAGCUUCACUGGUAUUGUUUCGACGAUCA